AUGCCUCAAAUUCUCGGAAAGGACAUUGGCUCAACAGGCUACGGCCUUAUGGGCUUGACUUGGCGCGCAAAGCCCUGUUCCCAGGAGCAGGCCUUCGAGGCCAUGCGGACCGCCCUCAAGACAGGCUGCAACAUGUGGAACGGCGGCGAGUUCUACGGCCCCAAGGAGUACAACAGUCUGGUUCUGCUCGAGCAAUACUUUGAGAAGUACCCCGAGGAUGCCGACAAGGUUAUCAUCUGCAUCAAGGGAGGAUUGAACGCGGAGGGCACUCAUGCGGACGGCUCGCCUGCGGGCACGCGCAGAUCGCUCGAUAACUGCAUCGCCCAGCUGAAUGGACGCAAGAAGCUCGACCUGUUCGAGUUCGGCCGCCGUGACCAGAGUGUGGACCAGAAGGAGACUUUCAGCGUUGUCGAGGAGGAAUACGUCAAGACAGGCAAGCUUGGCGGUAUCUCGCUUUCCGAGGUCAGAGCCGAGACGAUCCAUGAAGCCGUCAAGUAUACUAAAGUGCAUGCUGUCGAAGUUGAACUUUCACUGUUCAGUACCGACGUACUGGAGAAUGGUGUGGCCGAGGCUUGCGCAAUGUACAACAUCCCGCUCGUCGCUUACUCACCCAUUGGCCGAGGUAUGCUUACGGGACAGUUCAAGUCAGUCGACGACAUCCCCCAAGAUAGCAUACUCAAAAGCUGGCCUCGAUUUCAGCCAGGCAACUUUGAGAUCAAUCUGCAGCUCGUGAAGCAGGUGGAGGAGAUGGCCAAGAAGAAGGGAUGCACGCCAGCACAGCUUGCGGUCAACUGGACAAAGGCCCUGUCGCGACGGCCCGGCAUGCCAAUCAUCAUUCCGAUUCCCGGUGCGACAACCGCUGCACGGGUCGAGGAGAAUGCGAAGGACGUGGAUCUGAGUGACGAGGACAUGGCUGAAAUUGAUGCUACGCUGGCCAAAUUCACCACCGCUGGGGCACGGUACCCUGACUACGUUCCGGUCAACACCUGA